AGCCACCCUCAGAAUUAGCUCAUUGUUCAAUAUAAGCAGCCCAAGCGAAGCCCAGAAGGAAAGAGGGAGGGAUUCCUCCCUUAUUUGCUGCCCCCCCUUGUCUCUCCCCCUCCCCUUUUCCAGAAAGAGGCGCAGGCAUUCCUCCCCACACCCCCUUCUUUCCCAGCCCACUCUUUUUCCCCUCCCUCCCUCCUUCCUUCCCUCUCUAUAAAUUCCCUUCUGUAGCAUGCUGCCCUUUUGAAUCCCACAUUUUGUGUUUCAGAGGCAUGUAGGAAGGACAGCAAGGGAGGAGGAAGGGAGAGUGGCUUUUGUCUACUCUUUUCUGUCAGAGAGAAAGUGUACUCCUAAGUCUUACUAGAACCAGAGAAUGAUUUAUCAUCCAAAGCUCACAGCCAGCCAGAAACACAUUCCAGUCAGCCAUGGGCCUAGAGGAUUUCUUAAGGACAAUCUUCCCAUCCCGAAGGAAGUCAAUCGCAAAAAGAAAGAGGACUCUGAAGGUCUAUUCCUGACACCAGCAAAUGGCUAUGGACACCAUUUCACCAAAAUCAAUUACCUCUCCUCUUUUUAAUCAUAACUCCUCAUUUGUAUUAAAUAUGGUGUAUUGGUGUUGAUGAGAUCAUGGUGUCAUAUAUCGGGAAUUGUUUGUGUGUAUAUCAUAAGAAGAAAACUAAGGGACUCUGAGCCUUGCUUUAGAGGAUUACAGUGGGGAAAAUGUGUACCAUAAAAACAGUUUUUAACCAUUCUGACUCAAGUAAAAAACUCAGAAAUUUCACACUGUGAAUCCAAGUUUACAAACAUUUACAGGUGGGCCUUCAGGCCUUGUUCUAUCACAGCAAUGUCUUCCACUACUCAAAACUCAACUGACUCCAUGCAACUGGUGACCUUCUGCCUCUCUAUUCCCCUGAUUCCAAACUGCUUCUCGCAGAGGCUGAGAGUCCCCUUUUAUUUCAUUUUAGAUGUAACAAGCCUAGUAGUUUAUUUUCAUCGAUUGUCUGUAUAUCUCUAUAUUUUAUCCAUGUACUCUUUUGAUGUAUAGAAGUAGUAUGAAACUCAUGGUUUCCUUGUGGUAAGUGAUUGAGAUGCUGCCACGGGAUUUGAGACACUGAUGAAUGGUGCUAUUUUGGACUUUAAACAUGCUCCUUGGCAAGGUAGCUCUGAUGGAGUUAUUUUUAAUUUCCAUGUUCUAAGAAGGUGUUGGUACUUUGUUCUCGUUCUUUAGACUGGACUGACUUGUUUCCUUGUGUCUUCAGUGUGGCUUUCUUAUUAGGUGUUGUAGGGUGAGUAAUUACUAAUAACAGCAAAUGAGGAACCAAUUCCCACCAGGUUAUGCUCACAAAUUUGCAAAUGGUAGCGGGAGCAAUCACAAAACUGUAAUUUACUACAAUUUCCCUUUCUGCCAUUCUGCUUGUAUCACCUGGAUAAAUAUAGCAAUAAUGUUCUUGUAGUCUUUUAGGGGUUUCCUUUUGUCUUUUCUUUAUUGAAUCAAUAGGAAGGCAUUAAAAACAAAAAGUAAGAGGUUAGUAUGUUUUAAAACAUCCUCUUAAAAAUGAAAAUAUUGGCCACUUUAAAAAAAAUAAAAGCAUAAUUGAUAGUUGUGUGGAAUGUGUAGAAAGCAAACUGUCUUUUAAGACAAUCAGUAUAAACCCACAGUUUCUCUAACAUGUGGAUUUUACAUUUUUGUCCUUGCUCCCAGGGAAUUAAGCAACAAAAUACAAAACAAACUUUACCAUCUACUCAUGGAAUGUUGUUGUGUUAGACACAGUCUGGAAGCCCACCUUAAUUUUUUAUAUAACUCUGUCCUUCGGCUCUUCCUUUUACUGGGCAGGCUUUGCUCUGCCCUGUUUAGCUUCUGACUGUUAAAAACCAAUGCAUGCACUGCAUUUCUUAGUUUUUCUUUCCCUCCCUUAUUCUUGUGCACUUUCUUCUGAUAGAUUAGAUUAAGUCAGUUGUGCUGUAUAUACAUAUAGCAAGAAACAGUAUUCGGCAAUUGUGGCAUUUAUGUAUAGUUGCAGUUGUGUACUGCUGAAAAUGCAGGCUUUUGUAACAGUGUGAUCUUUAAUAAUGCACUACAAGUACCCAAUGUAUUUCAGCUCUUUUAGUAGGAUUUGUUCAAUAAAUAUGCAAGCUCCAAGAGUAACAACAA